AUGAAGAUUAACGAUUAUAUUGUGUACUAUAAAGGAACGGAUUAUGGACAUCAUUUUGGGACGGGUUUUGCUGUUCAUAAGAACUAUGAAUCCUGUGUACGUGAAUUUAACCCAAUAUCCGAACGAAUAUGUAUGAUACGAUUAAGAACUAAGCCCAAAGAUAUAUGUCUAAUUAAUAUACAUGCAACAACGGAAAAUAGUGAUGGAGUAGAUAAAAACGAAUUCUAUGAAGAAAUAACCAGGAUCUACGACAGAGUACCUGAAAGCGUUAUAAAAAUCGUGCUAGGAGACGCAAAUGCUAAAAUAGGAAAGGAACUAAUGUUUGUACCCACUAUUGGAUUAGAAAGUGUUCACGAAGAGAGCAAUGACAACGGUCAGAGAAUUAUAUCAUUUGCAGCAUCUAGAAGUUUAGUAGUCAGUAGCACUACUUUUCCUCACAAGGAAAUCCACAAAUAUACCUGGAAAUCUCCAGACAGACGGACUAUGAAUCAAAUUGACCAUGUAUUGAUUGCAAAGAGAUAUAGAUCAAGUAUAACAGAUGUGAGAAGUUAUAGGGGUGCAGACUGUGAUACGGAUCAUUUCCUAGUAAUAUGCAAGUUCCGUCUCAAACUACAAAGAGCAAGUAGGUAUUUUCAAAAAGCACUAAAAUUCAACAUUGAAGAGCUAAAAGACGAAGAAAAAAGACAAAAAUAUAUCACUGAGAUCACAGGUAAAUUAAACGAGAGACAAGGAAAUGAGAGGAAAGUGAACUGGAGUACCAUAAAAAAGACCAUACUUGAAGCAGCUCAUAGCACACUAGGGGAACCAAAAAAGCGAGAGAAUAAAUGGUUUAAUAGCGACUGUAGGAAGGCCGUUAAAAAAAGAAGUGAAGCUCGCCAAAGAUACCUCCAGCUUAAGACCCCGUUAAGCGAAGAAAAGUAUGAAGAAGAACGGAGAGCAUGUAAACGGGUCAUGCAGAGGGAAAAAAGAAACUACAUGAACGAAUUAUUGCGUGAAACAGAACAAGACCGCUCACAAGGUAAAAUACGAAACUUUUUCGUUAAGAUUAAAAAGUACAAACAAUUUAACCCUAAUCUGAAAGCUGUCAAGGAUAUUGAUGAUAACAUUUUAAUAGACCCAAUUGAGAAAGUAACAAGAUGGAAAAAUUACUUUGAGGAACUGCUUAAUAGUGAAUUGCCAGUGAGACCAGUGCCAGCAUGGCAUAGAUCAUAG